AUGGACUGCAGACGUCUGGAGCAGAUUUUUAACAAACAUACACGUCUUUGUCUCGAUCCAGCCGUGGCUAUGGCGUCUUCCCGGCUCAAGUACAUGUCCCUGGGUGUGCUGGUGUUCCAGACCACGUCCCUUGUGCUCACCAUGCGUUACUCUCGCACGCUGCAGUCGGACGGCCCGCGGUACCUGGCCUCCUCCGCUGUGGUGGUGGCCGAGCUGCUGAAGAUCCUCACCUGCGUCAUGCUCGUCUUCAAGGAGCACAGCUACAGUAUGCGAGCCCUGAACAGUAUCCUCCGUCAAGAAAUAGCGCACAAACCGAUGGAGACGUUGAAGCUCGCCAUCCCCUCGGGCAUCUACACUCUCCAGAACAACCUGCUGUACGUGGCCCUGUCCAACCUGGAUGCAGCCACUUAUCAGACCUUCACAGCCUGGUGUAACUCCCACCUCAGGAAGAUGGGCGUUCAGAUCGAGAACAUCGAGGAGGACUUCAGAGACGGCCUGAAGCUCAUGCUGCUGCUGGAGGUGAUCUCAGGGGAGCGGUUGCCGAAGCCGGAGAGAGGAAAGAUGAGAGUCCACUUCGUCAGCAACGUCAACAAAGCUCUGGACUUCAUCGCCAGCAAAGGAGUCAAACUGGUGUCGAUCGGAGCCGAGGAAAUCGUCGACGGAAACGCUAAGAUGACUCUGGGAAUGAUCUGGACCAUUAUCCUCCGCUUCGCCAUCCAGGACAUCUCUGUGGAAGAGACCUCGGCUAAAGAGGGGCUGUUGUUGUGGUGCCAGAGGAAGACUGCUCCGUACAAGAACGUGAACGUCCAGAACUUCCACAUCAGCUGGAAGGACGGCCUGGCCUUUAACGCUCUGAUCCACCGCCACCGCCCGGAGCUCAUCGACUACGACAAACUGCGAAAGGAUGAUCCUCUGACAAACCUGAACAACGCCUUUGAUGUGGCAGAGAAGUAUCUGGACAUUCCAAAGAUGUUGGACGCAGAGGACAUUGUCGGCACGGCGCGCCCCGAUGAGAAGGCCAUCAUGACUUAUGUGUCCAGUUUCUACCAUGCCUUCUCUGGAGCGCAGAAGGAUCAACAGAGCAGAGCCCCAGGCCCACAACAGGUCUUCCACACAGACGGACCAUGCUAA